GUGCAAUUUGCUUUUCUUUUGGACCAUCUCCGCACACAUUAUAUGCACCACGAUGGGUAUCUUGAGUACACUGCUCAUCAUCAUGCUGAAGGAUUGGCCGGGUGCUUAUUCCUAUCUUUUGGUGUGCUUUCUCUGGCUAUAUAUGUAUUGCAUACUUGGCACACGUAUUGAAAUAUGUAACGAUCAAUUUUGUACUGGGGUCUACGACAUCAACUGGUAUGCCUUAGAUGUGCAUAAUCAAAAUACUAUUCGCUUGAUGCUAAUGCAGUCGCAAGCACCACGAAAUAUAACCAUCGCGGGAGUUGAACCAUUAUCGGUUAGCACAGCCCUCAAGAUAACACGAACAAUUUACAGUUUGGUCAUGAUGGUGCUACGUUUCCAAACUAAAUAAAAGGUAUUAUUGGAAAUAUUUGUAGAAAAGGACGAAAAAUGUGUGGACAUGGGAUUUAUAGUACUUACACAGAUUAACA